GGCGGGGGCUGCGGACGAGGGGCGGGAAGCGGAGCCGCGGUGGGCGGCCGGGCUGCCGGGCGGGUGUGCGUGCGGCCGAGGCGGAGGCCGGGAGGCGGCGCGGGCUGCGGGCGCUGAGCAUUAUGGAUCCAAGCCUGUUGAGAGACCGAGAACUCUUCAAAAAAAGAGCUCUUUCCACCCCUGUGGUAGAAAAACGUUCUGUGCCUUCUGAGUUGCCCUCUGCCUCAUCCAAGAAGAAGAAAGCAAAAGUCGAACAUGGAGGGACAUCAGGCUCUAAACAAAAUGCAGAUCAUAACAAUGGAUCAUUUAACUUGAAAGCACUAUCUGGAAGCUCUGGAUAUAAGUUUGGUGUUCUUGCUAAGAUCGUGAAUUACAUGAAAACACGGCACCAGCGAGGAGAUACAUAUCCUUUAACUCUAGAAGAGAUUUUGGAUGAGACACAACACUUAGAUAUUGGACUAAAGCAGAAACAAUGGCUAAUGACUGAGGCUUUAGUCAACAAUCCCAAAAUUGAAGUAAUAGAUGGGAAAUACGCUUUCAAGCCAAAGUACAACCUGAAAGAUAAGAAGGCCCUCCUCAGGCUUCUGGAUAACCAUGACCAGCGAGGGUUAGGAGGGAUCUUAUUAGAAGACAUAGAAGAAGGGCUUCCUAAUUCCCAGAAAGCUGUCAAGGCUUUAGGGGACCAGAUACUUUUCGUAAAUCGUCCUGAUAAGAAGAAAAUACUUUUCUUCAAUGAUAAAAGCUGUCAGUUUUCUGUGGAUGAAGAGUUCCAGAAACUGUGGAGGAGUGUCACUGUGGAUUCAAUGGAUGAGGAAAAAAUUGAAGAGUAUCUGAAACGACAGGGUAUUUCUUCCAUGCAGGAAUCUGGACCAAAGAAAGUGGCCUCUAUUCAGAGAAGGAAAAAGCCUGCUUCACAGAAGAAGCGACGGUUUAAGACACAUAACGAUCAUUUGGCUGGAGUGCUGAAGGAUUACUCGGACAUCACCCCUGGCAAAUAGGGAACGUUUUUAUCCUCGAACAGGGUGACAGACACAGUCAAGAUCUUCUGUGACGCUUCGGAUCUGAAGACUUUCUGCCUUCUCAUCUGCUCCUCGGGACUGAGAGGAGCAGUUCAGUUUACACAACAGGAGCAGAUUACCAAACAGCUAUUGUCACCCAGCAGGCUAGUGGGAGCGCUUCCUGUUAACUCCUGGGUUGGUUGGUUUUAUUUUUCUAGAAAGACACUUAGCAUGGCACGCGGGUGUCUUUGCUAUUUAUCUUGACUCCAUGUUUUCUGUUGCUUUAGAACAAGUUGGCAGGUAGUGCUGAAUGCAAUAUUUCUUUAUUCCAAGAGAAAAUAUUUAUAAUAAAAGUUGUUUGUAGGAGGAUCUUUAAGAAGUUAGGAAAUUCAGUUUGUCUCUCUUAAUUUGCGAAAAUAGCAGGGAACAGCCACAGUCACUGAUUGCUAGGGUGGGCAUUUGCGAUGUCUCAGAGUGGAGUCAGUGCUGCUGGCAAGUGUGUGGACUUCCUCUUUGGAACACAGGGUAUGACUCUGGUGAAUAAGCUGAGCAAUAAAAUUACACUAAACAUAAUUGUUAAUGCUUUCUUUAAAAAGGCUAAAUAAGUAGUAAGUUGGAUUCACGAUUUGCUACUAUCUUGAACAAGGAUGAGGAGACUCGUCUUGCCAGCCUGAACAUGAGCUUCACCAUAGCCCAGCUCUCAGGUGGCUUUCCUGGCCAUUCUGGUGGAGGGACCCUCUGUCCCCUGUGACUGGUCCAUUGUCACCGAGCAUGUGUGCAGUUUCAGUGUUUUCACUCGUAAGGAAGGUGUUUUCUUGCGCCCUUUGCUGACUUGCCCUGCUCCUUUGAGUUGAUUAUCACAGAUUUUCUCUCUCCCAUUGGAAUGGUAUUGUUGGCAUAUAAAAACCAAGUUUAAUCUCAAACAAGGUGCAACAGUAGCCCAAAGCAUUGGGCUUUUGCUAAGUAUUAUAUCCAUUUCAUGUCAUCUUACCUCCGAACUCCAAAAUAUGGUCUAAGAAGAUGUCAUACUGUGGUUCCCACAUAAUUAGAAUAUAAGAGAUUUGCCAUCUUGCUCUGUGUUUGAAGGUUUCUGCUGGUAAGAGUAUAUAAUGCUUAUGGUAGUUUUCCCCGUAAAUUCGAACUCACUUAUCUCCCAGCAGAUGCCUCCGUUUGCAAACCAUGUUCUCAAAGCCACGUUACAGCGAGGUCUGCAAGUGCAAGACUGUCUCAUAGGCCUCAUCUAACUUUAUAAGGAGGCAGACUUCAGGCCUCCUGGACAGGUAGGUGCUCAGAUACAUGUUUACUGCCAGGCCUGCGUCCUACUCACCUCUAGCUAAGCCUGCUUUCGUUUGUGCUUUAG